GAGGGUAGUUGGGGGUCACUGAGGGAACAAAAAGGAUGCUGAGGCCUCUCCCCUGACCCUGGGAUAAGUGGCACCUCACACCUAACCUUCCGCCUCAGUUCCCAGCCCUAGGUGGGGCGGGAAGCAGCCUGAACUCGGUGAAGCCAGAACCCACUCCUCCCCUUGGAGCCCCCAUCUCCAUACCUGGAACUGCUUCUGCAGCUCCUCCAACUGCAGCACUUCAAGUCAUCCUAGGCUAUUCUCACACCCACAUCCCAUCCUUCAGCAAACCCUGGCAGCUCCUCCUUCAAAAUAUUUCCAGGGGUCUCUGGUUGCCCAGUGGUUAAGAAUCCACUUGCCAAUGCAGAGGACACAAGUUCAAUCCCUGGUCCGGGAAGAUCCCACAUGCCAUGGAGCAACUAAGGCUGUACUCCACAGCUACUGAGCCCAAGCUCUGGAGCCCAAGAACUGCAACCACUGAGCCUGCAUGCCUAGAACCUGUACUCUCUACAACCAGAGGAAGCCUGUAUGCAGCAAUGAGGACCCAGUGCAGCCAAAAAUAAGUAAAUCUUAAAAAAAAAAAAAAUUCCCAAAUCCUGCCUUUGCUGUCUCGUCCGCUGUCCUGUCCAUCCUUAUCUCCCAUUUGGAGAAUCGUAGCAGCCUCUUCUUGCUUUCUGUACCCCCACACAAAGCCAGAGGGACCCUGUGGGCAACUGCAUCAGGUCAUGUGCCUCCCUGCUCAGAGCCCUCCUGUGGCUCCAUCUCCCCAGGAGGGAAGGACAAGUUGUCACCGGGGCCCCCAGGAACUGCCUCCCUCCUUCCCCUUCUGACGGCCUCUUCCCUGUUGUGCUCUGGCCAGCCCCCCAACCUGCCUGCCUGUUCGCUCAGACUCAGUCCCAAUUCAGGCCUCUGCACUUGCUCGACUCUUUCCUAUCCUAGCUGUUCUUCCCCUAAAUCUUGUGAGAUUGCCUGCAUUUUAUCCUUCAGGCCUUAGCCCAAAUGUCACCUCCUCAGAGAGGGCUCCCCUGACCAGCCUGGCCAAAAACCCCAGGCUGUAGCUGCCGUGCUCCUGUGAUGCGCCACAGCCAUUUCCUCCUUGCCUUUUUUAAAAAUAUUUUUUGACUGUGUCGGGUCUUGGUUGCAGUGCGGAGGCUUCUCCCUAGGUGUGGUACGCAGGCUCCAGAGCACAAGGGCUCAGUUGCCCCAUGGCAUGUGGGAUCUUAGUUCCCUGAUCAGUAAUCAAACCCACAUCCCUUGCAUUGGAACAUUAGAAGGCAGAUUUUUUUUUUUUUAAUUCGGCAGCCUCUGGUCUUAGUUGCAGCAUUGAUCUUACUUUCGGCAUGCAGGAUCUUUCAUCGUGGUGCGCGGAUUCCCUAGCUGUGACCCAGGUGGACUUCAGAAGUUGCCUCGAAGGCUUGGUUGGCCCCGGGGCAUGUGGGACUUAGUUCCCCGACCAGGGAUUAAACCUGUGUCCCCUGCAUUGCAAGGCGGAUUCUUAACCGUUGGACCACCAUGGAAGUCCCUCCUCCUUCCUUGAGUGUUGUCUGUCUUCCCCUCUUAAAUGUCCACUCCAAGAGGCCAGGGAGGUUUGCCCGUAGCCUCAUUCUCUGUUGUAACCCCAGUGUCUAGAAGAGGACUGGACAUAUAGUGUGUCCAAGAAAAAUUACUGGGAUGAAGGAGCUCGGGCCCGUGUAGUUCUCCAUGCCAGGCACCGCCCAAGCUAAUAUGUAUGUGCAUCACUUUAAUCUUUCCCAUCAGCUGUGGAAUAGGUUGUCACCAGCCCCGUUCCACAAGUGAGUUAACAGGUCUUGGAUGAAGCAGUUGUCCCAGGGCUGCAGUGCUGGUAGCAGAGGAGCUGGGACUCAGGUGGGGUCCAGUUACAACUCUGAGGAAGUAGAUUGAUGAGACCUGCUUUCCAGAAGGCAAGGCGUUGCCUGAGGAUGGUCUGUAAGUGGCUGCCUCUGCAUUCAGAGCAGGUCCCACCUCCCAGCGGGGCCUUAAGCUCGUGCUAACAUGUCCACUUCUUUGUGACCCUGUGGGCUAUAGCCAGCUUCUGUCCAUGGGAUUCUCCAGGCAAGAAUACUGAAGUGAGUAGCCAUUCCCUUCUCCAGGGGAUCUUCCUGACCCAGGGAUUGAACCCGGGUGUCCUGCAUUGCAGGCAGAUUCUUUACUGUCUAAGCCACCAGGGAAGCCCCAGUCAGACCCUGUUUAUGUGGGAAGGGAAGCCCUCACCCUCCAAGCAGGCAUUCAGGGGCUGGAAGCUGGAGAGGAGGGUGCAGGGCAGUGGGCCCCCAUGAAUAAUUGAGGGUCUCAGACAGGUGUCUCGCUGCCCCACAGCUGUUGCCCUGCCUCAGGUGGCAAGGGGGAGGCGGUGAUAUCACUUCCUCUCCUGUGGGGGCUACUCAACAGGGGAGGGCAGGUGCGGGUUAUAAGGAGCUGCCACCCCAGCCACACAGCGCCAAGGACCCUGGUCUGGACGCCCCACCAUGCAGCGCCAAGGGUCCACCAUGCUGCUCUUGCUGUUGCUGCCUGCUCUGCUGGCACUGCUGCUGGGGGCUGCCACUGCGGCUCCCCUGGCACCCAGACCCUCCAAGGAGGAGCUGACGCGCUGUCUGGCAGAGGUGGUCACAGAAGUGCUGAUGCUGGGCCAGGCAAGGCGAGGCCCCUGCCUGGCUCUCCUCCACAGAGAAAUGUGUGAGACAGAGCCCUAUGGCUGUCGGUCCACUGAAGAGAACGGCCUACUGCUUGGGGAUUUUAAAAAGCCAGAGGCUGGGAAGAUGAGGUCUAGUCAGGAGGUGAGGGACGAGGAAGAGGAGGAGGCAGCAGAAAGGACCGACAAGUCUGAGGUGCGGGAACAGGCUGUCCGUGAGCAGCUCCACAGCCGGCUCCACCAGGACCACGAAGAGGAGGAAGAAGAAAAGAAGAGGGGGCCCAUGGAGACCUUGGAGGGCCUAUGGAAGAAGCAUCUGGAGGGCGGCAGGGGCCCCCAGAAGCGGGUGGCAGAGCAGGCCAGUGAUGAGGAGAUGGCCCAGUUCGAGGCAGAGGAGAAGGGAGUGCAGGUGCUGGGCGAGGGCCGCAGCCUGUGGCAGGGGGUCGAGGCGGGCGGAGAGAGACCUGAGGACCACCACCACUCCCGUCAGCCAGAAGCCGAGCCCCAGCAGGAGGAGAAGGAAGAGGCUUCAGACAGGCAGGGGCAUGAUGUGGAGCGGCUGGAGCACAUGAGCAAUGAGCUGAAGAAGGUGACGGAGAUGCUGCGAGAGGAGCUCAGGAGGGGGGGCUGACCCCUGACCUCACAUCCUCCUCCUCCCCCACACACCCUAUACAGCUUAGUACUGCUGACCCCCAACCUGUCAACCCACCCUGCUCCCCAAUGGGCAGGAGCGGGGAGAAGGGUGUGCCUUGAAACCAGGCCUGAGGGGCCAAGUCUGAGCUGGGUAGAGGGGCUGGGCUCCGCCUGACUCAGGACACAGCCCAGAUGCCCUAACCCGCUCCAACCCCCGACCCCGAGUGAAUAAAGCACAGAGAAAACCA